CCCCGUCCGCCAAUACCAUCCCGUUCCCAUCUAAUCAAACGUCCAUCACUUCGCCAUUUCCUGCUUCUGCUCAUCGCCCCCUGCCUCCAAAACCAAAAGCGACGAAAAGCUUUUUUUUUCCCUCCCACCGCCUUUGCGCAGUUUCUAACCGUCGCCUUUCCCUUUCACUUCCUCUUCCGUUCCGGUUGCUCCGACGAGCGGAGCGACGUCCUUUUCUUCUUCUCACUCGGUUCGUCGGCUACUUCCUCAAAGUUGCCGGCGGCGAUUUCUUCAACGCAGCGAGACAGCAGAUCACGCAAAGUUGCCGGCGGCGAUUUCUUCAGCGCAGCGAGACAGCAGAUCACGCGAUCAGUCCCUGAAUCCCGCUCUCUUUCCGUUUCCGCAGCCAGUUUCUCGUCGAGGUAAGCAACUCAUCUCUCUCUCUCUCUCUCUCUCUCUCUCUCUCUCUCUUUCUUUCUGUGCUUCAGAGCAGUAUAUGUUGCAGUUCUUGAAUCACGCACUCUUCGUCUUUUCCAAUGCCUUCCAAGAUUUUGAGUCGUUCAGCUUGUUUGAAGAAGUUCGUAAUCGCUGGUGAUGAAAGUCUUAUGUUUAUCCUUCCGAUUCAUAUACGGUAGCGAUUUUGUGAAUGUGCACUGAAUCUUGUUUGUUUCAACGCUGAGUCUGUUUUCGUUGCAGCAUUUUGUCGAGCAGGUGGGGGGGGUCUCUGUGGAACGAAAACAAAAUGGUCAAGUUUCUCGAAAUCGAUGGCAAACCCUUCGAUGUUGGCAGCCAGAAUAGUUUCAAGAAACGUGUGGCCGAAACUCUGAAACGCCGAUCCGACUCUGAUGGUCUUGAUAUCAGCUUCGAGUUCUCUGCAUAUACUGAUCGUGCAAUCUUUGACGACCUCUUGGAAUGCGCCGCUGCAUAUAAGCUUCAGCAUUUGUGGGUUCGCGGUUUCACUGAACAUACGUUAUAUUUUGGUGAACCGGGCCUUGUUUUCAAGUCCAUCAUCACCCAUUGUGGUCCGUCGCUGGAAAAUCUGGAGUUGGAAGACUUCAAGUUUGAUGGAGCGUUGGUGUUUGGGAACUCCUGCUCUGGUUUCAAAGCGCUCACAGCUCUGUCUCUGUCCAAUUGCUUCUUGGAUUUCACAGAUUAUACGCUACUUAACCCUUUUACUUAUUUCCCUGCGCUGAAGCAGUUGAGGCUGAGUGAUUUCGGCCGCGAUGAGAGUAAUUGUGAAGAUACUGAAACGCCCAGGUGUUUGGAAAUAAAAGGAGACCAAUUGCUUACUCUGGAACUAAACAGACUCUCUGGUUUCGAUGAGAUCGAAGUAUCAGCUGCGAGCCUCAAUCUUUUUACUUAUAGGGGCGAUCUCCUGGCUACAGAACUCUCCUUGAACCUUACAUCCUUGGAGACUGCAGAUAUCGUGUUAAAAAGUUUGGAUGAGGAUGAUGAUGCGGAGAAAAAACUGAAGAACUUGUUCAAUGGCCUGUCUCAUGCGAAAUCUCUCGACUUGGCCGUCGAUGCCACCAAGCCAUUGUGGGACGCUUGUAAGCUGGUGCAAGAUCAACGUUCGCCAUUUAGAAGAUUGGAAUCCUUGGCUUUGCGUCUUAUGAUAGAGGAGAACAUAACCGUGAUACCUCAGUACGUGAAGGGCUACUUUUUCGGCGACUCCCCUCCCAAACCUAAAAAUGUAUGGACAGAAGUCAAGAUGAAGAAGCCAUGAAUCCCUCGCCAUCCUUACGACCUGGACAUUUUGCAAACUGGAAGUUCGAUUGCUCCUGAGUUCUGAGAAAACAGAGGAUGAAAGAAAUUGUUUCCUGUACCUUGUAAACUAGGGGAUAUGUUGUUAAUGCUAUACUUGGUUGCUGUAACUCAUCGAAGUAGAGUCUGAUUGUGUACUUUUUGUUUUGUGAUAGUCUUACAUUCUUGGCAGUGGACUACAGGGGGAAAAUGAGUGACUACAGCUUUGAACCUUGGUGCCUCUCCUUUUCUUUAGUUUUGAAAGUGGAUUAUAGCGGGAAAUGAAUAAACUUUUCGUGG